GAUCUCGCUGCAGUUUGAAAACGAUUUUCACACAGCGAAUAUUAUUCUCAUUUAUAAUUUGAGCAAUGUUUGGUAAGAAAACAAAAAACAUAAAUAUAUACGCUAAAAAGAGAUUUAUGAAACACUUGAUGUUACAUAUUUCCUGAUAUGUAAAAAAGCAAGGCCCUAAAACGUAAAAAAACGUUAAAAGGUGUGCCUUUAAAUUAAUUUUGUCAGGAAAUUAUCAAAAAUAUCUAAGAUUCUAAAGGAAUAUUAGAUGUUGAAUGAACAGUAAGAAAUAAUUUAUCAAACAGAACACAUUUGUAAUUGAUACAUAGGACUAACUGGCGCAGAAGAGGCAAACACAUUUUGCUCAAUUUCGUUGUGUUUUAAUAUAUAUGUGACACACGCGAGAAACAUACGGUACAAUAAUAUAGAAGACGUUUUACGGAAUUGCUAAGGAAAAGAAAACUCAGCUUGGAACGUUGUAAGCAAAGAUGCCUCCCAAGAAGGCUAAUGCACCAUCAAAGAAGACUGAAGAGAAGAAGAAAGCAAAGAUUGUAGAGGAUAAGACAUUUGGCUUGAAGAAUAAAAAGGGAGGCAAACAACAAAAGUUCAUCCAGCAAGUAAACAAAAAUGUCAAGUCUGGAGGAGACCCAAUUCAGAAGAAGAUUGAGGAGCAGAAAAAGAAGGAAAAGUUGAAGAAGGAGCAGGAGGCUAAGGAAAAGGAGAUUCUCCAGGGCCUCUUCAAGCCUGUGGUGGAAAAGGUCGAUAAAAAUGUGGACCCCAAGUCUGUCCUGUGUCCAUUUUUCAAGCAGUCUGUUUGUGCAAAGGGCUUGAAGUGCAAGUAUUCACAUGACUUGAAUAUCGGCCGUAAGGUGGAGAAGAGGAACAUGUACGUGGACUCUCGCGACACGGAGGACUCGUCCACCUGGGACGCGGACAAGCUGAACGACGUGGCAAACGCCAAGGGCGGCGAGGCCGAGAAAAACAAGCCCAAAACCACCAUCAUCUGCAAGUACUUUCUGGAUGCGGUGGAAAACAGCAAGUACGGCUGGUUCUGGGAGUGCCCGUCCGGCGACAAGUGCAUCUACAGGCACGCGCUGCCGCAGGGCUACGUCCUCAAAAAGGACAUGAAGAAGGCGGAGAAGAAGGACGAGAUCACGAUCGAGGAGCUGGUGGAGAAGGAGCGCGCCGCGCUCGGCUCCAACCUCACAAAGAUCACCUACACCACCUUCCUCGCCUGGAAGAAGCGCAAACUGGCCGAACGGAAAAAGGAAGAGUCCAAGAAACAGGCCAAAAAGAAAAACGACGCCAAGAGCGGCAAGAGCGGUGGGCUCUCCGGCAGGGACAUGUUCAUGUACAACCCGGAGAUGGGUGUGGGCGACGGCGACCUGGACGAGGGUGACGAGGGCAUGGACCUCACCGGCCUCAAGGACGAGGAGCUCGAGGAGGCCGAAAAGGACAUCGUGUAUAAGACGUGGACGUUGGAGGGUAUUGAAAACGAGCAGAUCGCUGAGGCCGAGGCGGUACAGGCGCAGGAGGCCAACGCAAAAGCAGGGGAGAGCGGGGGCGCGGUGGGCGGCGCGACCGCCGUCGACGCGGCGCCCAUCGACGAGAACCUGUUCGACGCUGACGACCUGGACGAGCUGGAGGAGGAGCUGGACGAGCUGGACAUCAGCCAAUGAUGGCCGCCCGGGGCCGCCGGCCGGCCGACCUUUUACCGAGCCGAGAGUGCACGGCGCCGCCCUGGGGAGGGGGCGGUGCGCGGGCCGGCCGGCGCCGCCGACGGCCCAGCUGUUACGGCGAGAACAGAGGAUCGCAGGAUAUUGGUGGGGCGGGCGCCGCGCUGGCGGGCCCGGUGUGAUGCUGCUGUUUGGCGGACGGUGCUUCGUGCAGGGAGUGGCAAAAUAACCCGUAUUCCUUCAGUGUCUCCAGCUGCUGACCCGGCUACAGUUACGGCUCUGAGCGUUUUUGGUCAGGGGCGUAUCUGGCGUGGUCGGUAGAAGUUUCCUUCAGAAAUAAAGCACAUACCUAUUGACUAUGCGUGGAUGUGAUGCUUCAGAUGCCCGGUGGCAGGUCGUGGAUGUGAGAAAUGCGAGUGUUCAUCUGUGCAAUGGAGGGCCCGGCUGGGGGACGGCCCGCUCUAGCGCAGCCGCUAAAAUCGAGCGUGCAAGUAGCGAGCAACACAUGAGAACUGCUUCUUCGAGGGCUGAUGGGUAUUUUAUAUAUUAUGUCGAUGUGCGGCCGCGUAUCAGUGGCAACCCUCAUUUUGCGAUCCUGCAGCAGCAUCAAAAGUGCGGUGUCCGGCGUCGCAGUGCUCCAAACUCCGAGCCUUGCCGCUUAGUGCGGUGUUCUCGCCCCUGAUUGUCAGCACUCAGCAGGAACGACAUGUCGCGAUAGUUCACCGUAUGAACCUUUUUUAAAUAGGCAUCCGCUCACUGGAUCCAUUGAUCCAGCAUAAAAUGGCACCCAACAUC